UGCAGACCGAAGCGAGGCAAGGAGACACCGCGCCGGGCAAAGCUCGUCUACCGACUGAGGGCCAUUAUCGAUGUGUACCCGUACCGGUGGUAAAGGACGUUUAAAAGUAUAUAUCGGUCGCAGCCUAGUGGUGUACAAGAGGAUGAAUUGCAGCCACAACAAAAACGCGGUGAGUCCGUACUUGACGAGCGGCUGAAGGAGGGAGAGGAGGAGGAGGAGGAAGGAGGAGGAGAGGUAGACUGCGGUCUCCGACAAACGCACGCGCUUCUAGGCGGAUUUUUUCCCUCCUAACCAUAUCUGCUCCUUCACGCAACAGGACUGUUUUUUAUUUUAUUUUAUUUUGACAUGUAAUUCAAGUUUUCAAAGGGAAGGUUUGACUCCGGAUGAUACAAGCUCCAGCACCAGCGGGACGUUAUGCGCCCGCCACCCCCCACGCCACCACCACGACAUGGAGCCUGAAGAUGCGGAUUACACAGGAAUCCCCGCCGCUCCCCUGAGUCGUACCGGUCCCGCCGCCCUCACCUGCGCCGUGUGCCUUUCGCCGGUGUAUAGGACCAAUGUGAAGAGAUUUACACCGGGGCGAGUGCGUAAACCCUGAUUUUUUUUUUUUUUUUUUUUCCCCGAACUGGCUUUCGUGACUGCUAGCUCGUGGCUGCUAGCCCAUUAGCUCCAUUAGCCGGCUCGGGGCUAAAAGGCGCAGGCUGAACAUUUAAAAGGCUUCUUCCCCCACUCACACGUCACCCAGAAAUAACCCCGAGAGCUCGUUACGCGGACUGACGGACGCCCCCUUCCGCAACCCCUUCCACCCCGUCGACGCGCAUAGUUAUUUACAGGUUUACGGCCGAGGAUUGACGUCUCCGGGAAUGAAGGCUCGAAUGGAAAGGAGCCGCUUGACCUUGUUUUGGGGUCUGAUGCUGGCCGUGGUGUCCUGCUUCCGGCCAGCUGCAGCAGAGAUUUGCGGCCCAAGCAUUGACAUCGGAAAUGACAUCAGUGAAUUCCGGCGUCUGGAGAACUGCACAGUGGUAGAGGGCUACUUGCAGAUCCUCCUCAUUGGUGACAAGAACAACAAUCAGGAGGUCUUCCGCUCGCUCAGCUUCCCAAAGUUGACUGUGAUCACAGACUAUCUGUUGCUUUUCCGGGUCUCCGGCCUGGACAGCCUGAGCACGCUGUUCCCCAAUCUGGCAGUGAUCCGUGGCCGCAACCUUUUCUACAACUAUGCCCUAGUCAUCUUCGAAAUGACCAGCCUGAAGGACAUUGGUCUGUACAACCUGCGUAACAUCACCCGUGGCGCUAUCCGCAUUGAGAAGAACCCGGAACUGUGCUACCUGGAUUCUGUUGACUGGUCACUCAUAAUGGACGCGGAGUUCAACAACUUCAUUGCCGGAAACAAGCAGUCCAAAGAGUGCAGUGACGUGUGCCCGGGGAUCAUGGAGAACAACCCACAAUGUCGCAAGACAAUGUUCAACAACAACUACAGCUUCCGCUGCUGGAACUCAAACUACUGCCAGAAAGAGUGCCCAGAAAAGUGUGGGCGACGAGCGUGCACGCUAAGCGGUGACUGCUGCCACGCACAGUGCCUGGGCAGCUGUAGCAUGCCAGGCAGUGACACUUCCUGCGCCGCCUGCAUGCACUACUACCACCAGGGCCGCUGCGUGGCCGACUGUCCACCCGGCACCUAUAAAUUCGAGGGUUGGCGCUGUGUCAGCAUUGAGUUCUGCUCCAGAGUCCACCUGCCAGACUAUGACAGCUUCGUCAUCCACAAGGGCGAGUGUAUGUCUGAGUGUCCCUCCGGGUACACACGCACCGCCCCAAACAGCAUGUCCUGCACCGCUUGUGAUGGCCUCUGCGAUAAAGUGUGUGAGGAGAAGGUCAUUGACUCCAUGGAUGCUGCACAGUCCCUGAAAGGCUGUACUGUUAUCAAAGGCAAUUUGCAAAUCAACAUCCGCAGGGGCCACAACAUGGUGGCUGAGCUGGAGAGCUUCACGGGUUUGAUCCAGAGGGUGACUGGCUACGUGCGCAUACGACACUCUCACACACUCAGCUCGCUAGCCUUCCUGCGUAGCCUGCGAUACAUCGAUGGCGAGGAACUCGAGGAGGACAUGUACGCCUUCUCGGCGUUUGACAACCAGCAGCUGCAGUACCUCUGGGACUGGAAGCAACACAACCUUACCAUCAAGAGCGGAAAGCUUUCCUUUCGGGCUAACCCCAAGCUCUGCUUGUCGGAGAUCAAGAAGAUGUGGGAGCAGACAGGAAUUCCAGAGAUCUUUGAUGAAAGUGACUUUCGCAACAACGGCGACCGAGCCAGCUGUGAAAGCACCAUCCUGCAAUUCAAGUCCAACACCACCAGCAGCACCAGGAUCAAGCUGACUUGGCAGCGCUUCCGUCCCCGAGACUACAGAGACCUCAUCAGCUUUAUUGUCUACUACAAAGAGGCGCCAUACCAAAACAUCACCGAGUUCGAGGGCCAGGAUGGUUGUGGCUCCAACAGCUGGAACAUGGUGGACGUGGAGCUGCACCAGGACAAGGACACAGAUCCUGGCGUUCUGCUGUCAGGCCUGAAACCAUGGACUCAGUACGCUGUCUUUGUGAAGGCCAUCACGCUCAUGGUAGAUGACAAGCAGGUUCCCAGCGCUAAAAGCAAGGUUGUGUACAUCCGCACUAGCCCCUCAGCACCAUCCAUGCCACAGGAUGUGCGUGCAUACUCCAACUCCUCCACCCAACUGGUGGUGCGCUGGCUACCCCCAGUGUCCCCAAACGGCAAUCAAACUUACUACCUGGUGCGCUGGCAGCAGCAGGCUGAAGACCGAGAACUGUACCAGCACAACUACUGCUCAAAAGAGUUGAAGAUCCCUGUAAGGAUGGCAGCGAUCGGGGUAGGAGACCAGGAGGACGAUACCAAGCCCACAAAGUCAGACCCCGAUGGCCCCGACAAAGGCCCCUGCUGCCCGUGUCCUAAAUCGGUGGAGGACCUGGAAGCUGAGGCCGCAGACGCCUCCUACCGGAAAGUGUUUGAGAACUUUCUCCACAACUCCAUCUUUACACCCAGGCCACCAGAUCGUCGACGUCGCGAUCUAUUUGCCAUUGCCAAUGCCACCUACUCGCGACGCCAGCACCAGACUCCCUCUAACACCAGCACCACCCCUCCCCUGCAAGCUUCUGUCAACAGCAGCAGUGUUGACCUCGAGCUGGCAGAGCGCGAGUUCGAAUUCAUGGAGCAGGCAGUUAGUGAACGUGAGCUGCAGAUCUACGGUUUGCAGCCGUUCACCGUGUACCGCAUCGAUGUACAUGCCUGCAAUCGGCAGGUGCAGCGCUGCAGUGCCGCUGAGUUUGUCUUCUCCAGAACCAAACCAGCAGAAAAGGCAGAUGAUAUUCCUGCUCCGGUGACAUGGGAGGGCCACGAAGACUCUGUGUUCCUGCACUGGCCUGAGCCGACUCACCCCAACGGCCUCAUCCUCAUGUACGAGAUGAAGUUCAAACUUGGUGCAGAGACUGAAAAGCAUGAGUGUGUGUCAGGUCAGAUGUAUCGAACACAGCGCGGUGUCCGUUUGUCCAACUUGAGUCCGGGCAACUACUCAGUGAGGGUCAGAGCAACGUCACUGGCAGGGAAUGGAUCCUGGACACGACCCAUAGAUCUAUAUGUGGCUGAACGGUAUGAAAAUUUCCUUUAUGCCAUCGUAUUUGCGCCCAUCUUUAUCAUCAUGAUCAUCUGCUUCCUGGUUGGCGCGCUCUUCGCCCUGAACAGGAAAAGGAACAGCGAUCGGCUUGGAAAUGGCGUACUGUAUGCAUCUGUCAACCCCGAAUACUUCAGUGCUGCUGAAAUGUACGUGCCAGACGAGUGGGAGGUGGCGCGAGAGAAGAUCUCGCUGAGCCGCGAGCUGGGACAGGGUUCAUUUGGCAUGGUGUAUGAGGGGAUCGCCAAGGGCGUGGUGAAGGAUGAACUGGAGACACGAGUGGCUAUCAAGACGGUGAAUGAGUCGGCCAGCAUGAGGGAGCGCAUUGAGUUCCUCAACGAAGCCUCCGUCAUGAAGGAGUUCAACUGUCACCAUGUGGUACGUCUCCUUGGGGUGGUGUCUCAAGGACAGCCUACCCUGGUCAUUAUGGAGCUGAUGACACAAGGAGACCUCAAGAGCUACUUGCGCUCCCUCCGACCUAAAGAGCAACAGUGGACCAGUUUGUCCCUGCCACCUCUGAAGAAAAUGUUACAGAUGGCUGGUCAGAUUGCAGAUGGCAUGGCAUACCUCAACGCCAGCAAGUUUGUGCACCGAGACCUUGCCGCGCGUAACUGCAUGGUGGCCGAGGACUUUACUGUCAAGAUAGGAGACUUCGGCAUGACCCGAGACAUCUACGAAACGGACUACUACCGCAAAGGCGGAAAGGGCUUGCUUCCCGUCCGAUGGAUGUCACCUGAGUCUCUGAAGGAUGGAGUCUUCACCACCAAUUCUGAUGUCUGGUCAUUUGGGGUGGUUUUGUGGGAGAUAGCCACACUGGCAGAGCAGCCCUACCAGGGACUAUCCAAUGAGCAGGUGCUGCGCUUCGUCAUGGAAGGAGGAUUGCUGGAGAAACCACAUAACUGUCCCGACAUGCUGUUUGAGUUGAUGCGCAUGUGCUGGCAAUACAACCCCAAGAUGCGUCCAUCCUUUGUGGAAAUCAUCGGCAGCAUGAAGGACGAGCUGGAGCCGUCCUUCUGCGAGGUCAGUUUUUUCUACAGCGCUGAUAAUAAGCCGCCAGACAGUCCGGCUCUGCCGCCACCCCCGCCCCAACCGCGGCCCGACAACAUGGACGACGUCUCGUUAGACACGCCGCUACAGACGCCGCCCUCGCAUGGGUCCCACCUUCCGCCCGGGCCAUCGCUAGCCCCUGGCACGCCAACACAGCCCUGCACAGACAAGGAGCUCGUUGGGCACCGAGCGGCUAAUGGGUUGACCUCGUCGACAUCAUCAUCAUCGGUGAAUGUGGGGACAGGGCCGCCGCCCAACGGGAUCAGCUCGGCAGCCGCCUUGCAGGCAUCCCUGGAUGAGCUUCCGCCCUACGCCCACAUGAACGGGGGACGCAAAAACCAGCGUGCCAUGCCUCUCCCUCAGUCAUCUGCCUGCUGAUUGGAUGGAGUAAAAACUCAUCCGAAGUCAAACCUAUUCUGCUGUACUGCGCCCCCCCCCCUUUUUUUUCCUUGUUGUUGUUCUACCAGACGCAAAACUGCCCCCUUGAUUGCGAAAAAACACCACCAAGGGAGUCGCUUGUUUUAUAAUUUUUUUUUUUUUCUCACACAAUGAGUCAUUCGAAGAGGAUUUUGGUCCAAAUGGGGUCGAUCAUUAUGGAAGCCUACCUAACAGGAGAAGAAGCACUUACAGAGAAGGAGGUCCUCUAUGUACAUAUCUACUGGAUGGUACAGUAAGGACGUAAUAGGUGCAAAAAAACAUAAAGAAAACUCUCCAUUUUGAUACUUUGGUUUCCAUUUUGAUCCUCUAUUUUUUUCUCAGCAUCAAAAUCUGAGCCACACUAAUCGUUCCAAAGUGCUGCAAAUCAAUGUCAAGACACUUCGGGAAAAAAAAAGUUCACACUGCGACCAUGACUGUCAUUUUUUUUGAGAAUUUAUGAAGUUUAAAAUGUCAGGAAAAAUAAUCAAAAACUGUACAAAAAAAUUAACAAUAGUAUAAUAGUAGUAUGUCCAAAAAAAAAAGGAAAAAAAUUGAAGCGGGAAAAAAAACAACCUUUAGAUAUUUCUCCCACAUUGCGCUUGUUGGUAUGAUAAAAAGGCUUGAUAACAUUUGUAAAAAUGGUGGGGUACUUUCUAUGCUGCGCCAGGGGAGGUCCUCCAUGUUGCUGCCAUUGUGCUCAUUCAUUGGUAUGAUAACAGCGAAAUUGCGCGUGCGGAUCCACGACAAAGGAGAAACCUAGUUUUUGAUAAUCUGGUCUUGAUUAUGAUUCUUCAUUUUGUCUUGGCAUCAAAAUCUGAGCCUUAAAUUGUUGCUGAAAAUUUACGUCGCGCAUCAUGACACUUGCUGGUUUUAAAGCGCAUUCAAUGAGGAUCCAUUUUUGGGCAGGCAUUAUGGAUACUUCCGAGCGAAGUUGUUCAAGAAGGAUGUCCUCUAUUUUGCUGGGCAUUGUACUGGUUGGUACAAUACCGGUGUGACAAAAGGUGAAAAACUACGUGCCAAAACGACAUUUUGAUACUGUGGUCCCAAUUUUGAUACAUUUAGUUUUGCGAUCAAAAUUUGACGAUAUAUCACAAAGUGCUGCAAAUCGACGUCAAAAGAGUCACUCAAUAAAAUGAGCACAACCUUUCCGGAGCAUUUAUGCAAAGAGGGGAGGUCCAGCAUUGUGCUCUUUGGUACGUCGACAAUAAAAAAUGGUGUGAACGCCUGCAACUAAUAGCAAAAAAAAAAAUGAAGUGAAAAGACAGUUUAACGUGUCGCUGAGGGACCUCCUAAAUGGUGCCACCGUUAAGGUUUUUGGUACGAUAAUGAAAAAAAAAAAGGCACAAAAACGUACAUUUUGUUACUCCACCGAGCGACGUUCAUUGUCUUGCCAAAAUUGUGUUUUGUGGUACAAUAAUGAUGUAUUGCUGCAUAAACAAACACAAAUUGCAGUAAAACUAAAAACAUUUUGAUACUCCUUUUAGUCUCUGCAUUGAAAUUUGAGCCAUAAUUUGCGGGGAAGUGGCGCAUCGUGCUGUGAUUUGAAGUCAAAACACUCCUAAAGUUAGUCACAACCGUGAUUUCCCCCCCCCCCUCCAACCCCCAGGAGGAUUCUCACCAGUUUUGUUUUUUGCUUGUUGGUACGAUAACAGAGGUUCAUGAAAAUGGCGCAAAAAAAAAAAACUAAACUUAAAAAUAGCCCAGAACUGUGAAAAAGCCUACGAAAACAUUUUGAUACAAAGGUCUCCCAUUUUGUCACACCAUUUUGUCUCGACUUGGAAAUCUGAGCCACAAUUUGUCGUGGUGGUGUUGUUGAGGUCCCCCCCACACACACACAAUGGUUUUCAACAGCAUUUAUGUUUGGGUGUGAUUUUUUUUUUUUUUUUUUUUUUUUUCAACCUUUUUAUUUGGUCCUCAUGUUCAUCUUGUCUAGAGGAAAAAAAAAAGACUGGCUGCUAUUUUUUUUCCUCUCUUGUGGUGGUAAUAUAAAUGAUUGUGUGUGUGUGCGCGCGUGUGAAUCUUGAGUACAGUGUAGGAGUCCUUUAGGUUGAAUUCAUGUGAGUCAGAUUUUUUGUUUUUGUUCUCCCCCAGAGUCCCUGAGCUGGUUUCAAAGAAUUGUGAUAUUGUGUUUAGAGAAGAGUCCCAUGUUAAAUCUCAGGGUUUUGCUGCCAUCUUGGGCUUUAAUUACUAUUGCUAGCUGCACUGCACUCAAUUUUUGCCACAAAAUCACAGUAUAUGUCCUUUCUCAUUUUUCGGUACCUUCUGCACUUAUUGCCACGCUAGUAGUUGGGUGUUGUGGUCCAAUUGUUGGAAUUUUGUUUUGUUUUGUUUUGUUUUUUUGUAGUCUUCUGGUUUUCAGGUGACUGUCAUGCUAUCAUCUAUGCUUUCCAAAUUUUAAUAAUACCAUGAAAUGGAUAAGAGUUCAUCACUUUGUCUACCACUUUUGAGCUAAUAGUUGCACGUUAUUGACAUUCCCAAAUCAUAAUAGUAACAUAAAUUGGAUGUUCAUUUAUUUUUCUUUUGUCUUUAUUGUCAGAUGCCAGUUGUUGCUAGCUUUUGCGCUAUCUCCAGUGCUAGUUUUGUUUUUCUGACAGGAAAAAAAAAAAACUUCGUUGACACUACUUUUACCAACCAUCAGUUGAAGUAACUUAAACUGUCUUAGCCGCUGCAGCGCUAGCUAAUGAGUUAGCUGCCAAGCUAGCUGUCGUGUAUUCCUGACUUACAUAUUUGAGCCAGCCUCUUUUUUUUCCAUCACUAGUUUAGAGCAUGUUAUUCCUUUCAGGUAGUCACAGAACUAGCCUCCCUCAAAGUCUGAUAUAAAACUUCAUGAAAUUUGUAUUUUGUUUUGUUUUUUAUUUUUUGCAGGGAAGGAGCAGAGUGUUGUAAAAAAUAUUUCAGCCUUAUUGUUGUCCCAAACACUAUACUGUACAUAGCGGGUGAGCUAGCUAAUGCUCACAAAUGUCACGCGCCAUAAAAUGCCUUUUGAAACAAAACAUACAAAAAAUAAGCACAUAACACAUUUUCAGCUUGCAUCCAAGCUUAUGCCUUUCGUAAAUUGUAUCAAAUGAUUUAAAAUUUAGCUGGUUAGCUCGCUAAAGCUAAUAAAUGAGAGAGGGUACACAACAAGAAUAGUAAUACAAAAUUGCAGCCUACAGUGUAGGGAUGCUAAUCAUCCCAAAAUGGAAUAUUUUUGAAGCACACUAUGCUUUUUUUUUUUUUUUUGGUACCGCUGAUCACGUUCAUCUUAGCUGGCUGGCUAGCUAAAGCGAAUGAAGACAGUCAGUUGUUAUGCCCGCUAUCAAUUUCAAAUAAAGCUGACUACAAAAUGGCGCCAGAGUACUGUUACACAGAUGUUAAUCAAUGCUAUUUAUAGGGACAUGGCUCGCAGCUGGUGGACACGGCUAAUGUUUCUAGUAAAAGUAAAGCCUGAAUUAAUUUAUUUGUAACAUUUGUUGGAGGAAUAAUGACCAGCCCAGUUGUUUUGUGUGUGUGUGUGUGUGUGUGUGUGU